GGUCGCGAGUGCUCAGCGGGCUACCACAGGGCCGCCGCAUUCCGACCAGGGCGCCGCGGGCCGCCACCGAAUUGGGGCUGCCGGUUGUCAGAGGUUCACUGACCCGCCUGUGUGCCUGAAUGGGAGCAGCCCCCUGCCCGCCACUGUGCAGCAGCUCAGCCAACCCGCGGCCUCCUCCACGCUGGGACGCACCUGAGGUGUAGAGGCAUCUGACCGUGCAUGGAGUUGAGGUUCUGGCAGUCGGAGAGAACGCGCACCUCUGCCAGCAUGCGGGCAGCCACAGCGUUAGCCCUGCUGUGGACCACGAUGUGCGGGGUGACGCUCGGCACGUCACGCGAACGCCAGCAGGCGUCUGCGCUGCGAGAGCGACUUGAGCGCCAGGCCUGGUCCCGGUGCAGCAGCAGCGCGGGCUCGGCGGCUCGGGCGCACGCGGGCCUCGUGGGUCCCGCGGUACUAGAGACGCCGCCCAGGGUCCCUUCUGGCGGCGAACGCCAGACGCGUCAGGCCGAGCCUGGGUCGGAAACAGUAAACAGGGCCGCUUACCUGGUGUCGGCCACGGGCACUCUGGUUGCUGAAGGCACCGAUGCGGGCCGCCUGCCCUGGCGACACUUCAGCGUGGCUCUGUGGGUGCGGCCUGAAGGCGGACAGCUUCGAGAGGCAGUCAUUCUCGAGGCCCGCGACGUGUGCUCCCCGCUGAGCAGCAAGCGCUGGUCGCUGCAGAUCGACGGCGACGGCCGUGAUGGCGAGCGAAGUGGGCACUUCACGCUGCACCUGCAGGCGGCCCGAUCGCAGGAGACGUCGGUGUUGCGAAGCCCGGUGCCGUACGUGCCCGGACGAUGGCACCACGUGGCUGUCUCCUUCGACGGAACUCACACGCGACUGUUUGUCAAUGGCGCGCAGGUUGCCGUGAGCAGCAAGCAGAAGGGCAGCAUGUUCCAGAAGUCCGGAUCAUCAUGUCGCAGUCUGUCGUUGGGUGGGACACGCAGCCGCCACUAUCGGGGCCUCGUGGACCGGCUGCGCUUAUGGGGCCGUGGCCUUCAACACGCACAGGUGCACCGCGACCUCUGGCAACCGGAGGACGCUCAGGGUGCGCUAAUAGUGGACCACUUCGAGUCUCUGGAUCAGUGGGAGUGGACCGGCGGCGCGGCACAGCUGGUGCAGACCCCUACGCCAGGGCGCCUCGAGGGCAUCCAACUGCAGCCCGCUCCUUGCGGGUUCACCGUAUGCGACGACCCUGACAUGGUUCUUAGCUACCAGCGCCACUGGAGCCUCAGGACGCCUAAGAGACUCAGGUACAGGGUGGUCAACGUCAAGAAUUCUGACGGAUCUAAUCCAACCGUAACUGAGGAACAAAUUCAGAGGCAGCAUGCAGCUCUAAACAGAGCUUUUGAGCCGUACAACAUAACUUGGGAAUUAACACAGGCGUCAGUGCUGAACAGCUCCUUACGACGAAGGCAGGUAACCCUAGGGUGCCCAUCUUACAAUCUGGGCGAUGGCAUCUGCAACCCAGAUUGUCAACUUGUGGCCGGCGACGGGGGUGACUGCGAUCCGCCCUUGGAGUCAUGCGACCCCGCCAUGGUAGGCGAUGGCACUUGCCACAAGGCGUGCAAUCAGGCUGUCAACAGCUGGGACGGUGGAGACUGCUGCCUCUCGAGCGAGAAUAAUGGCAACUGCUUGGACCCGGCUUCUCCGAACCGAUCGUACAUCGACGUGAAAGAAUACAAAGAAUUACUUGGCCUGAACAACACUAUGCAUAUAAACAUUCUAUUCGCACACUGGACGGACAAAGACAUUAUUGGGAUUGCUACCUUUCCUUGGGACAAGGAUGUGUUUGCAGUGCUAGGUGGCGUCGUGGUGCAGCCAGAGCAGUUCGGCCGGCCUGGCAGUCUGCACACACUGGUGCACGAGCUGGGACACGUGCUGGGCCUUUGGCACGUUCACCGCGGCGUGUCCGAAGUGGAGUGCCACGACGAGUGCCUAGAGGCCCACGCCUCGCUGCUCACUGGAGACCUGUGCGCCGACACGAGGCCCACGCCUCAGAACUACAUGUGCCAGGACCCUGCAGCCACCGCCGCUCGAUGCGCGCUUUCUCGCUUCAAGGAUACCCCCUUUCACAACUACAUGGGCUACGCAGAUGACUCGUGCACGAACUCGUUCAGCGCCCAGCAGGCGGCGCGUAUGCACUGCUUCGCGGACCUGAUGUACGGUGGAUGGCAGCGCAUGGACCAAGCGUUCCGGCCGGGCCAGCCGCCUCUGGCACCGGCACCCGUGGCUGUGGACGGCCGCAGCGUCACCCUAUCCUGGGCCCCGCCAGCAGCCAGUGCGCAGAGGGGCGAGUGCGCAGCCUGCGACGACAACCGCUCCCUGACGCAGUUUGCGUCGCGCGCCGCCGACAACGCCGGUCCCAGGGAUUCCUGGGAGGCUCAGCAAGCCACCGGACCUCCGGAUGCCGAAGCGUGCACGCUGAGCUACAACGCGUGGCUUCCCGCCGCGGAGUCGUGCGACGACCCACGCGACUGCACGCUCAGCCUAGAGUUUGAGCACAACGUCGUGCCGUCAGCGCUCUCCAUCUGGCUUCCCUGGAACUCACGGCAGGGGCUUCGAGAACUCGUUCUCUUCUACGCCGAUGGUUCGCAGAGCGUCAUCAAGGGCGUGACAGCGUACUGCGACAUGCCCUUCACCAUGCCCUUGCAUGCCGACAAGGAGCUCGUAAAGAUUCACGCUGUCGCCGCCAGUCCGAUGGUUGCAGUGGAUGCGGUGCAGGUGACGUCGGCGGCCAACCACGCGUCGUGUGCCACGUGCAAGCCACUUCGUUAUCGUGUUUACCGCAAGCCUCCUUUCUCUUCGGCGGACUCCAAGCUAUCCGAUGGUCUCCGUUUCACGGACACCGAGGUCGAGGAGGGUGCUGUGUACCGGUACGAGGUCCAAGCGUGGAUGGGCAGCAGAAGCAGCGAAUUCUCGCCUGCUUUUCUCUACACACACGGCCAAGGCUUCUGCGGGAACGGAAACGUUGACCCAGGUGAAGACUGUGAUGACGGAAAUACUUGUCCAGGAGAUGGCUGCGAUCCGAAAUGCCACUUUGAAAAAAAGUUUAUGUGCAAAGGUUCUCCAAGCAUGUGCUACGCCUAUGAAGACGAUGGCAUCUGCGAACCAUCUGAACGGGAACGUAACGUCAGGGACUGCGGAUUCUACACUCCGCCCGGAUUUUUCGACCAGUGGGCAUCCUCUGUUCACAUCGCUGAGGACAUGCUGAUGACCAGCUGCCCUCCAGAAGCGAUCCUAGGUCCUCCGCCCAAGGACCAGGUAUGCGGCCGCGACCUCAACACCAAUCACUCGUGGCACCCAUGCGACGUGCCUGAAGCAUCUGCAUACACGUUGAUUGUCUCCUUCGAGAGACCAGUGGUGGCGGCUGCCGUGCAGGUCUACAUCGCGUCCGAGGGCCUGGCUACUCUCUCCUUGCCACUACUCACCGUGGAGCUACUUCACGACGAGAGCCAUGGCGAAGGCGGCCAUCAAACCGGCUACGAGUUAGUCGACUCGCGACGAGUAUCAUGUCGGGCGAAUCCCAUCGAACUUCCCGUGGUUCACGACCUGACUCAGCCGUUCCGGCUCACUAGUUCCGUACGCAUCAACCUCACAGCUCCGGACGUCUCGAUAGGGGCCGUACGCCUGAGGUCAUCCAGGACCCUUAACCCAGUGGCUGUAUCCCAGUGCUCUCCCAAGGAGCUCUACCACCCGGCCUUGGAGAAAUGCGUGAGCUACAGCUGCGAGAGGCCGCGAUGCGUCAAGCCUGCCAUGAGGAAUGCGCGGCUCCUGUGCGAAGGCGAAGAAGAGGGAGACACGUGCGUGAUUCGCUGCGACGAGGGCUACGUCCUCGCAGGAGACGACAGUGGCGAUCGUCUCGUGUGCAACGGUGGCACGUGGACUGGCUCGGAGAACCUGUGCAAGCCGGUGGACUGCAGGACGCCGCUCAUCGCUCACGCCGAUCCGAUGUGCGCCGACGGAACCACGUUUGGCAAGACCUGCAGCUUCAAAUGCCGGCCUCCGGCCAGGUUUAAAGGAAGCACCGGAGGUCUAGCUAAUAUCGUGUGUCAGAAGGACGGCCGCUGGUCCGAGCCCGAGCACCAGUGUCACGUGUCUUGCCCAGCGCCGUCCGCUCCGCCGCACGCCGUCAUGGCCAACUGCCGCGGCUCCGACCAGCUCCACUUCGGUCACAAGUGCCGCUUUCACUGCAAGACUGGAUACCAUGUCAAGGGCCACGCCAACAAGAAGAGAGCCUUCCACUUGGUGUGCAGCGAGACCGGCGCGUGGACCGGACCAGCGUGCACCCCAGUGGCCUGCCCUCCACUUCCAUCCGUGUACACGGGGCUUUACAGCUGCACAGACUUCUGGUACGCCGGCUCUAUCUGCACCCUCACCUGUCCGGGCACACACAGUACAGCAGAGCUAAGGUGCGAACUGGACGGCGUUUGGAACAGAGACCCUCCUGUGUGCAGUUUCAGUCACCUCAGCUGCCCUGAGCCUCGAAAUCGCUCAGGCGUAGUUCACUUUCGUUGUGCCACAAGGAGCGUCGGUUCAACGUGCAACGUGACCUGUGAUCAACCAGACUACGAGCCGGUAUUCACUCAAGACAGCCGGCAGCUCUCACUUGCUCAGGCCGUUGUCUGCUCUGGGGCGGGUCUCUGGCACCCAGAUACGGACUCUCUAGAAUGUCGGCGUAGGUGUAACAAAGAAUACAUAGGAGACGGUUGGUGCGAUGCCUCAAACAACCAGGAACACUGCGACUGGGAUGGCGGCGAUUGCUGUGCGUCCACUGUGGCUGGUCACGUGGUGAAGAGCUUCCCUCCUAACUGCCCCGUCGACGAGUGCUCUUGCAAGGACCCACGCGGCCGCCAGUGACUUCGCAAGCUCUGUGGCUGUGCGCUUGUGUGUGUGACGCCGCCUCGCGUGGAGGACCGCUGUCGGACUCGCUCGCAAAAGGACGUUGGUCGCAACGCCUCGAACUUCUUUAGUCUGGAAAUAAAUGAAAUGCUCGGA